CUCAGAAACAGUCUUCAUUCGGUAUUGAUAAAAACACAAUCACCCUUGGGACUGGUAUUUCUGAAACGGUUACUACCUGUGAUCAAGUAGACACACCAAAAAAGAGAAAAAUGGAGUUUGCAGAUGAUCUUGUAAAGGAAAGUUCUAGUUGUGGAGAAGACACUCCAUCCAAGAAAAGAAAACUUGAUGCUGAAAUUGUCCUAGAGGAAAAAGGUUCUGGUGAUGAUGAAGGCAUUUCAAGGAAAAGAAGACUGGAAACUGAUGAUUUUCCAAAAGAUGAACCUUGUACUGGAUAUGGCACUCAGAAAAUCAGAAAAAUAGAACUUGAGGAUACUCCUGAAAGGCAAAAAAACUUGGAAGAAGGACACAGCUCAGCAGUGGCUGCCCAUUACAAUGAACUUCAGGAAGUUGGUUUGGAGAAGCGUAGUCAAAGUCGUAUUUUUUAUCUAAGAAACUUUAAUAAUUGGAUGAAAAGCGUCCUCAUUGGAGAAUUUUUAGAAAAUUUGAGACAGAAAAAAAAACGUGAUAUCACUGUUUUGGACCUGGGAUGUGGUAAAGGUGGAGAUUUGCUCAAAUGGAAAAAGGGAAGAAUUAACAAGCUAGUUUGUACUGAUAUUGCUGAUGUUUCUGUCAAACAAUGUCAGCAGCGGUAUGAGGACAUGAAAAAUCGUCGUGAUAAUGAAUAUAUUUUCAAUGCAGAAUUUAUAACUGCUGAUUGUUCAAAGGAACUUUUGAUUGACAAAUUUCGUGAUCCAGAAAUGUGCUUUGACAUCUGCAGUUGUCAGUUUGUCUGUCAUUACUCAUUUGAGUCCUAUGAGCAGGCUGACACAAUGCUCAGAAAUGCUUGUGAGAGACUUAGCCCUGGAGGCUAUUUUAUUGGUACCACUCCCAAUAGCUUUGAACUAAUAAGACGCCUUGAAACUUCAAAAACUGAAUCAUUUGGAAAUGAAAUAUAUACUGUGAAGUUUCAGAAGAAAGGAGAUUAUCCUUUAUUUGGCUGCAAAUAUGACUUCAAAUUGGAAGGUGUUGUGGAUGUCCCUGAAUUCUUGGUCUAUUUUCCAUUGCUAACUGAAAUGGUGAAGAAAUACAAUAUGAAACUAGUCUACAAAAAAACAUUUCUGGAAUUCUAUGAAGAGAAGAUUAAGAACUAUGAAAAUAAAAUGCUGUUAAAACGAAUGCAGGCCCUGGAGCCAUAUCCUGCAGGUGAGAAUUCCAAACUUUCCUCUGAGAAGGUGGAUGACUAUGAACAUGCAGCAAAGUACAUGAAGAACAGUCAAGUCAGGUUACCUUUGGGAACCUUAAGUAAAUCAGAAUGGGAAGCUACAAGUAUUUACUUGGUUUUUGCAUUUGAGAAGCAGCAGUGAGCACCAGGACAGCUGUGUUCCACGUUAUGCAGCUUUGAAUGAUCCACCUUAGAUAGAUUUGACAACUUUCUGUUCAAUUAUUCUAAAUGUACAUGAUAGUGCCGGAAACUCCAGUGUAUAAAUUCAAUAUUUGCUGUCUGUGACAGAUAAACUUUUAUGUGUGUAUAUAAGAAUGAGUUGGGACCUUUGUCUUUAAAAAUCUAUUUUUAAGUAAUGUUCUAAAAAUUCCAUUUGCCUCUACUCUCUUAGCUCAUAAAAAUUGACUUGUAAAGCCGCUAAACUCUUUCCACAGAGCUCUGAUUCAUUCAAUGUUUGUUUACAGUAUUAAAUUUAUUACAGUUGCAGAACUGAUGAGGGAGCAUCGUACUGGUUUGCAGGUGUGUGCUCUUAUUCUGUAGUUUUGUUAUUAAUUGUUUUUUAAGAUUAAACAUUGCGUUCUGUGCAGUUGAAUGUAAGUGUUCAAUAUGUAUUACUAAAGUUAUAUUUAAAACUAAAUUUUAGAUUGUCAUAAAAAUUACUUAACUAGAAUUUUAGCCACUUAUUACAUUUCAUUAUAAAUAAUAACUACUUUAUUUGCUAAUAUGUUGCAAUUCUGGAACUGAUAAAACAUUUCAGAUGCCAACAUAGAAUUGCUUUGGCUUUGGGGGGCUUUCUCUGAAGAAUUUCCUAUCAUAGCAAUUAAUGUUUCAAGAUAUCAGGAAUGUAAUUUAUUUAUCUUUUUUCAUUGAACCAAAAUGCUGUAGUUGUUUUUUCUCAAGAUAUAAUGAAAACCUCUCCCAUGUAAACCUGUUGUACACUUUCCUCAGAUUUAGAUAUGAAAUUGCAAUAGGGCUGUAAAAAAAAAGCUGAUAGACUUCAGAUUAAUUCUCCCCAUGUUAGAUUUAGGUUAUGGUGCUACAUGCUAUAGACCCGUUACCCCAGAAAGAAGCAGUAUCUGUUCCUCUAUUACAACGUCAUACUUGGCACAGUAGGAUCCAGAAUCUCAUCACCAUUCAGAAUUUGUAUUUGCCGUUUCAAAACCCUUAUAAUCAUCAACCCUAGCUUCUUGCUGGACUACUUUUCCAAGACUGACAGCUACUGUUGUCCUUACUUUAACAUCACUGUUUAGAAAACUUGCCAAUUUUUAGAUGUAGUGAAAAGCUUAAAGAGCAAAGCAGAGCAAUUAGUGCAUAUUCUUUUAAAAAUCAUUUCUUUAAAGCAUGUUGAAAAAGACAUUACUUUCUAUAAUUAUCCAGAGUACUUGUUUAAAAAGUGUAGUCUCUUAAUUUGUUCAUAUAUGUUGUUCAUGAUGUUGGAAUAGCAAAUCUUUUAUCAAGAGAACAUGACUUACCUAAUUUCUGUUUCUUCUGCAAUCUUGAUCACCAAACUGUUACCAAUUUACAAAAAUUAAGUCUUUUUGCCUUGGUGGUAGUUUGCCACAGUCAUUUGGGAAAAUAAGUUAUAGUACUUCUGACUGGUGGCUGCUGCUAGCAGGCUAAGGUUUUGUGAUGGUGCUGGGACGGUGGAGGUGGUGAGCUCUUAGUGUUACACAGACAUGUUCAUUUUAGCUCUGGGGAAAGUGCAGAAAAAGGAUUGUGAUAGUUCAGUAGAGCAUGAAAAGCUUCUUUAUUAUUUCCUAUCACUGUUCUCAUUUAAUGGUCUUAAUUCUAAGCAAGUAAUAAAGCAUUUUUAGCCACCUCCUGCACUUUCCACUCCAUAGGUUAAUUUGGGGGAGAAAAGAAAUCCCCCAAAGUAUGGAGUAAUUUUUGGUAAUACAAAGCAGAGAGAAGCAAAAGAGCUCAAGUGGAUGGAACAGGGCUCUGGGCUCUAAGCAAACUCUUGUAUGGGCAGGAGAGGCACAGAGCCACACUGAGGAUGUGGAUUUCCAGUAUUUGCCCUUUCCUGUGAGCUUUGUUGGCCUUGUUGCCUUUUCUGCCCUUCCCUCACUCUCCAGCAUCUCCUUGCUGCAAUUGUCUGGGCAGACUCAUCUUAGGGAAAAGGGAAAAGUGGCCCCGACCAACCAUCACCAAGGCAAACGCUGGUAGGACUUCCCAACACGUGCACCCUCAGUCUAAAUAUUUGGUAAUUUUCCAUUCAAGACUUGGGGUAACUGUUAGAAGAGGGCAGAGCGUGGCUUUUCACUGUCAGGUUAGUGAUGUAAGUGGUUCAUGGGAGGGACUGCAGAGCACUCCCAGACCUGACCUUCAGCUUGUCCUCCAAGGAUGAAAGUAGAAAUGAAAAUCAAGUCAGCCAUUUCUGGGAAGGACACAACCUAAAAUUGGGAAGAUUGAUCUGGGAAUAUGACUGGAUUGUGACAUAACUAAGAAUGCUCAAAUUUAAUUCUUUGGGCCUAGAAUAUACUAAAGGAAAGGCACUGUGUAACCAGUGUUCAGGAGAGAACCUGGCCAUUUCCAGCUGCAUUCAAAGGGGAGGUCCUAACCUGCAACAGCUGGAAGCCUGCAGGUAGGAACUCUGCUCUGUGAAUGCCCACCAAGCCUCUGGUUGUAGUGUGACUCCCCAAAGAAAUUUGCCUUCAGGGAAGGAAGGCAUUGAUUAGACACUUCUAUUAACUAAUCUGUGUAAUUAUCAGUACAGAGUUUCCUAGUUUACCCCUCCUCAAACUUGAAAAUUAAGGAAAUAUGAUUGCUGUUUAAAUUUGUAUUAAUAACAUUAAUAGAGCAUCAGAGUAGAAGUGUACAAAGUCAGACAGGCUUUGAGUGAGGGUGCAGUGUUGAUCAUCAGUGGAAAUGCAGAAAAAACCUUGUCAGCUAUUAGAUGUCCAGAUCUCUGGUCCCUUUAGCUCUUUUGGGAAUUUAUUUUUCAGCCUUUAUUAGCUUAUUGCCAUUAUGUUAUUGUUAUAUGUCUUCAAGUAUCCUUCUAAUGAAGAUUUGGCUUCUUGUGUAGGUCUGCCUACUGGGAGAAAAUAUCAGUAUGAAUAUUCUUGUUAAUGACCAUUAUUUUUCACUGUUGAUAAGUUGACUUUUGUUGUCUACCUCAGGCUUUGUAUGUAUCAUGAGCCAGUCACUGCCAAGGUCUCUGGGUCUGCAAAAUAUGCAAAAUAGAGGCCGAAUCCAAGUUGUAUCAAAAUGCCUGUGGUGGUUACUGGCCCUUUGGUCAACUAGAAAGCAUAGGUGUAUGUUGUCACCACCUUCCUUGUUGCUGUUACAUCAAAUACUACACAUCUGAUAAGUUUCUUCAUUUUUUGCCCUCUGACAGCAACAUUCCUGAUUCUAUGUAGGCAAUCAAUGAAGUAGGUGCUACACUUACUUAUUUAGGGAUUGACUUAUUGCAGAUUUAUAUGGGCCAGGGGCCAGCCAAAUCCACCUUUUGUUCUUCUCAGUUUCUCCUUUGGUCCCAUUUAAGCCAUGAAGCAUGUGUGCCUGCUCCUCACUGCAAUACUGAGCAAGUAUAGGACACCUAGGAGUAGUCUCAGUUUGCCUGGGGAGACUUAUGGUCAACCCAAAGCCCUCUGCUCUCUGAACUCUCAGGUCCUGCUUCCUUGGGGACAGCAUACCUUGGAUAAAGCCAAAUUGAUAGCUAACGUCUAUUAAGCUAGUCACUUUUCUAACUUUUAUAUAUGUUACUCAUUUUGAUUCUUACAACAACUGUAUGAGGUAGGGAUAAGGAUAACCCUGUUUUAAUGAUGAGGAAACCCAGGCACAGAGAGGAUACAAACUUGCCCAAGGUCGAGCCAAGAUUUGAACAUCCCAUAUGCCCCAAGUCAGGCCUGCACUUAAUUACAUGUUAUAUUCUUCCAGAGGUGUUAGAAAGGCUCAGAUGACUCCACACCCAUCCACUAUCUGCAACUUGAAAUACUAACUAUUGGAACUCCAUCCUUUUGGUUCAAAACUUUGAUACUUAUUUAAAUGUUCCCUAAGAGGAGCAUUUACUCCUAAGAGCUUUGGGGCAAAAAGAGCAGAGGACAUUAGGGCACUAGGGGAAGGAAGGGGAAAAGUGAAUAAUCAACAGAUAGGAAGUCAGAAAUAGACUUGAUUUCAUGUUCUGGCAGACUUCCUUUAGUAACCAGACCUGUAGAAAACCUAGCUUAGUCUGUAUGUUAAAGAGCAAGGGGGUGCUCUUCCCACCCUCACCGUUUGGAAGUGACAGUUAGGAGUUGUGAGUGCAAGUGUGAAAAUGUAACCAAGGGGAGAGGCCAAGAGAAGAAAUCAUUUCUUCAGUCAGCUGAUAAUACAGGCAGAGGCAAAUCAUUUUGUUUUAACUUUUUAUUUAGGUGUAACAUAAACAAGUAGGUGAUUUUUCAUAAGUAGAACUCAUGCAUACCAUCAGCACCCAAAACAAGAUUACCAGCACCCCAGAAACCCCCUCAUGCUCCCAGUUACUACCUCCCCAAGGGUAACCACUAUCCUGAUUUCUAAGAGCAUAGAUAAGUUUUGUCUGGUUUUGGACAUAAGAAUAGAAUCAAGCAGUAUGUAUUCUUUUCUAUCUGGCUUAUUUGCUCAACAUUUGGUUUGUGAGAUUUUUGUUGCAUGUAUUUGUUCAGGUAUGUUUUCAUGGCUGUAUGGCAUUCCACUGCAUGAAUAAACCACAUAUUAUUUAUCUGAUGGAUGUUUGGUUCAUUCCAAGUUUGGGAACAAUUAUUAAUAGUACUGCUUCAAAUAUUCUAGUACAUGGAUUUUGUGCAUGUAGGUGUGCAUUUCUGCCUAGGAAUGGAAUUACAGUGUUGCAGUACAUACAUUAUGUUCAGCAUUACUGAAUACUCCCAGUUUUCCUAAGUUCCAGUUGUCCCACAUUUUCAUCAACACUUGGUGGUGUCUUUUCCAUUUUAUUCUGACAGUCAUAUAACAGUAUCUAAGUGUGGCUUUAGUUUCAUUUCACUGAUUAUUAACAAGAUUGAGCACUUUUCAUGUAUACUUACUGGCUUGUGAGUGUCUUGUGAAAUAUCUGUUCAACUUCUUAUCCAUUUUUCUACUGGGUGGACUGUCUUUUGUAUUGACUUCUUGGUUUUUAAAAAUAUAUUUAUUUGGGGUAUAAGUUCUUUUGAAUGUAUUGUUUUGUGAGAAUGCAUGUGAUUAAAAAAAAGCUUAAUUUUAA